AUGUCUUCUAAUGUAUUUGAGAAUCCUGAAGGCGGAAGCUUUGGGGAUACCGUUGGGUUAACAUCAAGAAGUAAUAAUGAUGAUGAUGAUGAUAUCAGUUUAACUUUCUCUUCUGAUGAACAAGAAGACUUUAUUGAAGAUUUAGAGGGAUCGGAAAAAGAUGAUGAUAACGCUUAUGAGAAUGAUGAACAACUUCUUCUAACUUCGUCUGAUGAUGACAAUGGGCUGCAAGAUGAUGAUUUGGAUGAUGACUACGACUUACGAGAUGCUCUUAGAAGUGCUGGUAACUUUAAACCUAAAAAUAAGAAGAAGGCGUCCGCGUCAAAGUCAUAUUGGAAACGUAAAAUGAUGAGAAGUACAAACCGUGAAUUGGAUCCAGAGGUUCGCAUAAAUUUAUCUCAGGCAAAUGAAGCCUUUGUUCGAAAUGAUUUCCAAGUAGCAUUAAACUUGUAUCUAGAAGUUAUCAAGAAAGACCCUAAGAAUUUCAGUGCUUAUAAAACGUUAGGUGAAAUUUAUAAACAACAAGGAAGAUUGCAUAAAUGUUGUAAUGCAUGGUUAUUAGCUGCGAAUAUUCACCCAUGGGACAGUCAAUUCUGGGGAAAUGUUGCUGAAUUGAGUAGCGAAUUAGGUCACAUUGAUCAAGCAAUAUAUUGUUAUGGUAGAGCGAUUGCAUCUGACAAUACGAAAAAUGCUAAGUUUAUUCUCGAACGGGCAUUUUUAUAUAAGGAGAAAAAGCAAUAUGGACGGGCAUUGGAAGGCUUCCAAAAAGUCCAUCAAGUGUACCCUGCUGAUACUAGUAUUAUCAAGAAUCUAGCUAGUGUUUAUGUUGAACAGAAAAGAAUCAACGAUGCUAUUAACUUGUACAUGAGAAUAUUGGAUCUGAAUAUUAGUCCGACUGGUCAGCCUAAACAAAGUGUUCCUAGAUUCGGGUGGGCAGAAUUAAAUAUUUUAUGUGAAUUGUACUUACAGCAGCAUUCAUGGAAGAUAGGUAUCAAAGUUAUAAAGCUAGUAGCAAGAUGGAUACAAAAUCGAACAGAUGAAAAAUGGUGGGAUGAAGUGGAUGACGAUUCAGAAUUUGAUAAAAGAAGAUUCGCAGUGAUUAAGGGUUUAUCUCCUUCUCAGCAAGCAAGAUCUAAAGAAAAGUUUUAUAAUUUACCUAUCGAUAUACGUUUCAAGCUAGGAAGUCUAAGGUUAGGUUUGGAGCAAAAAGAAGAAACGAUGCGUCAUUUUGAAUAUUUAUUGGAAGAAACUGAAGAUAUUGCGGAUUUGUAUUUUGAAGCUGGUAAAUCAUUGGAGGCACAUGGGUUUCAUGAGGAAGCUUUAACAUUCUUGACUCGUGCCUCCCUCAAUGAUGAGCAAAACGAAAGUCCUGAGUUAGUCUCGUUGCUAGCUAAGUGUUUCCUAGAAGUCGGCGAUUAUAUACAAGCCCAACAAGCAUACAGUUCUCUUUUGUAUGGAGAUCCUGAUAAUUUAGAUUUCAAAUUGGCUCUAGCAGAAACAUUUUACCAUCUUGGUGAAAGCGAAAAGUCAGUUAAAUUGUUAGAAGAAGUAACAAUUGCAACCGAAAAAAGUGGAGCUGGAAAAGCUGAUAGUAUUCCUAACGAUUUGGAUAAUGAGGUUGUUGAAGAAGAUAACUUAUCAUUAAUUAAAAACAAACAACUAAUAAAAUCAACUAAAAAUUCCAAAUUAAGCGAAGAAGAAAGAUUAGAACUUGAAAACAAUGCAAAAAGAAAGGUUAUGGAGAAAUAUCAUCGUAUGGAGCGUUUAGAAGAUGCAAUUACUAAGAACGAAAAGGUUGCAGUGACAGCAUGGAUGCAACUAGCUUCUCAGUUGGUUGAGAUGUUUAUGAAUGUUAGGAUUUUUUUCCCAAGAGAUAAAAAUAGAGAAUUUAAAGGUAUUGUGUUGUACAGGCGUAAAAAGCAAAUGCGCAUAGAUGAAAAGCUAGCCAGAGUCUACAAUCUAUAUGAAGGUAUAGCUAAUGAUGAUGAUACUCAUACCAGACUGUUUCUCACUUCGACAACUGAAUAUAGGGGCCUUAGUUAUGAUAUAUGGUUUGGGAUCUUUGUUCAAUACGCUAUAUUAUUGUCUAGGUUCGAUAAUAACACGGAGUAUGCAACCCAUAUAAUUGAAGUUGCAAAAGACGUAAAUGUAUUUGUGCAAGAUAAGAACAAGGAGACCAUAUUGAAUAUGGUGCAUUUAAUAUUUGGUAUCAAGCAAGAAGAGAUAGGAACAGUCAUUAUGACGUAUAUUCGAUACUUUUUGUCUGCGAAUCAAUUUUCUCCAUUUAUCUACAAGCUUUUCAUGUGCUGUUUUGCAUCCGGAGUCGAAGCGUGGGAAACAUUUGCUAAUUAUAACCAUCAAAAAUUCUUUUUGCGGCAAUUGAAAGCUUAUGAUUCCAUUCUCAGUGGGAAGAAAAUCACUGGAAUGGCGACUAUAACAGCUGAUCUCAAAAACGUUAAGCUUAGUCGUGAACAUCCAGAAUUAUUGUACGUUUACGCCAAUUUGUUAGGAGGAAGUAGGAGUUAUGUUUCUUCAAUUGUUUACCUAAACAGAGCCUAUAAAGAAUACAAACAAGACCCCAUGAUUUGCAUCGUUCUUGGUUUAGCGCAUGUGCAUAGAUCAAUGCAGAGAUUAAGUAAUAACAGACAUAUACAGUUGCUUCAAGGUAUAAGUUACAUUUUGGAAUACAAAUCGCACAGGGAAAAAGAUGCAUCUCCAUUUGAGUUACAAGAAAUAGAGUACAAUUUUGGUAGGUUAUUUCAUAUGAUAGGUUUAACAUCUGCAGCUAUACACCAUUAUGAAAAAGUGUUGAAAUAUCAUGACAAAUUAAAAAAAUAUAGCGAGUACGAUCUUCUGGUAGAAGCAGCGUAUAAUUUAUCUCUAAUUUACAAUAUCAAUGGCAAUUCAAUGUUGGCCAGAGAAAUUACUGAAAAAUAUUUAGUUAUAUAG